GUCGACGGCUUAGCAGUUUAAAAUGGCGGCUGCUCUUGCGGGACAUGUGUCUGCUCGCGCGAUAUUAAGUUCAAUUUCAAAGUCAUGCAUUCUAUCUUUCAAAGCUCAAAACUUGCGACAUUUGUACGGUGCGGCUGUGCUUGGUUUGGACAAGUACUUGGAAACGAGGGAGAAAACGAAACACCAAUUUGGCGAUGCUAAAGACAAGUUUUUUCAGCGAAUAAGUCAGUACUUCAAUAGCGAGAGCCCAGGAAUGGUAUUUACGGAAGACCUCAAGCAUGUUACCUACUUAUGUGAAGACAAGGACUCAGACAUUGAAUUGGUGAUCAAGAUGAUGAAGAGGUUCAACCAGCAGAACAAAGAACUGCGCUUUGGAACAUUCGUCUUUGGACCUGUGGCCCUAAGAUUGUUUUACCAUUUAAAGAAGCCAGAUAUAGUUUUACAACUGUUUCAAGACCAGGAGCUGGAUGGCUUCUUUGACCAGUUUUCAUCGUAUCAGAUUGCCAUGGACCUCUUGUUUAAGGAGCAGCGUUAUCAGGAUGUUUUGAACAUUUUCAACAGCAUGCAACAGAAGCAUCUCUACGGAACCAAGUACCCACGUGAAUGUGUCGUCCUUGCCCUGGGUGCCUGCUACAAAUUGAACACUCGUGAGUCGUACGAGUAUGCGGUCAAGCUGAUUCAAGAUGCUCGGUCUGUGGGAGCUCUGGUGUUACGUAAAGCCCUGUCCUUUGCUGCUAUGCUGGCUGUUAACCAUAAUGAACCAAAGGUUGCCAUGGAGCUGCUCGCUCUGGCAGCGCAACUCUCCUACAUCACAGUCCGUAACAUCCGAAUGAUAGCUCUAGCAGACCUGGACAGAGUGGACGAUGUCUUCUUGACUCUGAGGUCUAUCAUCCACCAAGAUGUACCCAUGCAGUCACGCAUGGAGCAGCAAGUUUGUCAGGAAACGGUGGACAAAGUCGACGAGUGCCUGGCUCGGCUAGGUGACAAGGAGAAGACGCACAUCUUUGAACAGAUGAAGCGGGCACUGCGUGAAAACAACCACCUUUGUCCACAGUCCCUCGAUGAGCUCCUCUGCCAGCCAUUGCUCACACGACUACCACCCAAAGACCGGGACGUGGACCGCACUGCAGGUUCCGGGAUAGGAGGAACGUACACGUCUGGUUACCGUGCGCCAAUGAAGGGAGCUUCAGGUGCCCGCUAUCCGGUUCGGCAUCGACAAGGACUGGGCGAUGUGGAUGAUUAGUCACAAAUCCUCUGCUCUGUGCUAGAAAUGUUAAGCUUCUUUACCACUCUGUCCCCACAAAAGACUUCUUUCCCAUUUUAUUCUGUAUGCCAGUAGGUUCAGAGUAAGGGGAUAAUUUUUCAUCAAUUCAGAAUUAUUACUAUUCUGAAGUUAGGAAUGCAUAAGUGUCAUUCUUUCUUGAAUACAUGCUGUGAGCUAUAUGUAUAUAUAUAUAUACACACACACACACAGUUCAUGCACUAAUCUGACGGCAGGGACGGACAUGAUUUAAACAUUGAUAACGUGAACCAUCAGUGAGUGUUCAUGGUCACGAAUUACACCUGCAUAGCUGGGGCAAUGCAUGCCAUAAUAAUGUUACCCAGGCAUUGUGCAGGCAUGCAUACUUCUAGCACUGUGUCAGGGUUGCAAACUUUGGAGACAGUUCAUAAACAGGCAAAGGUUUUAAAUUGUGACCAUUUAUUUAGUGCUACUUUUGAAAUUUUUUGGCUUAUAAAAUUGUAUAUAGCAAUCACAGAGCCCUUUUAUGCGACUCCGUAUAGUAGGUGUGUAAUGAGCCAAUUUUCUAAUUCAGGAAGUGGUUAAUAUUAAUUACACUGCAAUAUUUUUCUCCUUUGCAACUAAGCUGCCUUCAAGUUGUUCAAUGUCUGAACUACAAAGGAGUGAAAGAAAUAAUGGACAAAAUUAAGUGGUUUAAUAAUUGCAAAGCUUUUGUAUAUGUACUUCUGCUGUCAAGACCACAGAAGCCAUGCUGUGACACGACCAUGCCGUCCUUGUUGUACGUAGCCAUCCUCUACACUUCGGCAUAGAUUCUCGAAGCUUUGCAGAGUUUUCAUUCAAGGAAACCUGUUUGCAUUCUUCUGUAAAAGUGAAAAUAAAGCAACUGUCCAGCUUGC